AUUAACAAAUCCAAACACGAUACAUAAUGGAUCAGCUAAUGCUCCAAGCCGAAAAAGCCAAAGAUCAACCGCAAGAGGUAACCUGCAGUGUAGACUAUGUUAACCAAAAGUUUCACAGGGAGAGCUCAUCAGACGAGGAGCCUUGUCUAGUUGCCAAAGCGGAGGACUUAGAGCUAGGAUUGGAGCGCGUCUCUAGCCAGCAGGCAAACAAAGACUUAUCUCAUUCGCUCUUUGAGUUUGGCCAUAACUUUGAGGAUGUGGAGAAUUGGCUGAGUUUUGAGCAGCCCACCAAAACCAGCUUAACGCAAGUGCUGCGUUAUAUGAUUGAGAAUCAUUUAAAGACUAACGUGCAAAUCAACAUUGACAAAGUUAACUUCAAUUGUCAUUCUGUAGUGCUGCAGGUUUACUCCAAAUUCUUUAGCGAGUUGGAGCCGAUGCCGCUUGUCAUUACAUUGCCCAUGGAGAAGGUAUCCCAAAAGACAUUUCUAGUCAUCUAUAAAUGGAUGCUAAGCGAUGAGCCCAAGCUGGAGCGCAAGGAUAUUAUUCCUGUGUUUGUAGCCGCUAGCUAUUUGAGAAUUGAGGCGCUUUUGCAGCAAUGCUGGCAAUACUUUGAAAAUCCCAAAUGCUUCAAUGAAGACACUGCCUGUUUGCUGUAUGUUGAAGCGCGAGGCGAUGCAGCCUUGGAUAUUGUGCGCAAUUUAAUGCUAACAAGAAUAUGCAAAUUUAUGCUUAUAUUUGUAGCGUCCAGAGAUUUUUUGGACGUGCCUGUUACUCAUCUGAGUUUUUUGCUUAGCUCUGAUGAUAUAUGCGUCAAUACGGAAAUUGAGAUUUUAUUUAUUAUAACACGCUGGCUGGGCCAUGACUGGAAAGGGCGUCAGUCGCAUGCUCUUAACUUAAUAUCCUGCAUACGUUUCCAUUUAAUGCCACUUUGGUAUCUGCUUUGCGUGCGUCGCACCGAGGAGCAUAAGCUGCUACAAAAAUUACUAAAUCAUCCGAGUGUAGCUGCUAAAAUUAAUCAGGCUAUAUCCCAACAUACUUCCACUAUGUACGAGGAACAGCUAGCAGGACAGAAGAUGGAUCAUAUGAAUAUAUUGAAAUCCGCUCAGCCUCGUAAAUGGUUGCUGGACAAUGAAUGUCCUUAUUUUCAUCACAUUAGUUGCCCCUGCACUAACAGCAUUGAAUUUAAACAAUUUGAGUUUUAUCUAAGCAUAUUACAGAAAAAGCCUCACAAUUAUUGGCAGCAAAUAGAGUAUCUCGAUGUAAAUAAUCCAAAAAUGUGCGACUGCAUGAAUGACACACCUCCCAAAGCAUAAAAUAA